AACAUUUAUAGUGUUAAACUACAUAAUGAAGAAAAUAAAGAUUGAAGAUUUUUACCAGAAUGAUCAAAUGAGAAACAUUGAUCAAGAUCUUGUUGCUAAUGUUGUGCAAAUGAUAGAAAAUGAUUUCUCAGUCCCAUUUAUUGCUAGAUACAGAAAAAAUGAGACUGGAGGAAUGGAUGCAGAAAAAAUAAGGCAAAUUCAACAAUCCUAUGAUUACUACAAGAAAGUCCAAAACAAAGCUUCAUCUGUCAUUAAAAAGCUUGGAUCUGAAGCAUCUCAAGAAUUAAAAUACAGCAUAGAGAAGGCAAAAUCACUAGAUGAGAUACAAGAUUUGUACGCACCUUUUAAAAAAGGUGGAAAAGGAACAUUAGCUGAGCGAGCUCGGAAACUUGGCUUAGAAUCAGUUUCCAAUGAGUUGUCAAGAUGUCCAAAUGAUGAUAUUUGCCUGAGAAGAUAUGUGAAUAAAAACAUUGAAGGGUUAUCUAGUGAAAAUGAAGUGAUAGUUGGAGCACAACACAUCAUAGCAGAUAUGGUCUCUAAAGAUCCAUUAGUCCAGAAGAAAAUAAAAGAAGAUAUUGGUAAGGAAAAUGUUAUGAUCCAUUGUAAAGCUUCUCCCAAGGGCAAAGAAUUGGAUAAAAAUAGUCAAAAGUUCUUGCUAUAUUAUGAUUUUCAAUCCCGUGUUAAUCGCCUCACUUCAUACCAGGUGUUAGCAAUAAACAGAGCAGAACAAAUGAAAAUUUUAUCUGUCAAAUUAGUGAUUAAUGAUCACAAACGUGAUCACUUCCUGGAUACCAUAAAAAAUCUUUGGCUGUUAAGAUACAACAAACUUACAGCUCAGAAUAAAAACAUAUUGUGCAAUGCCAUAGAAGAUUCGUUUAAAAGAUUAAUAGAGAAAACAUAUUUACGAAGAAUGAGGAUCCAAUUAACAAAGGAUGCUGAAAGAGAAGCCACUGAGAUUUUUUCAACUAACUUGAAACAUCUACUGCUAGUAGCUCCAGUAAAAAACAAGAAGAUUUUAAGUAUCGAUCCAGGCUUCAAAAAUGGUUGCAAAAUUGCAGUGUUGGAUGAGAACGGACAGUUGCUGGAAACGAGCGUUAUAUAUCCAUUUCAGCAAAGUAAAAAGAUGUCUUCAAAAAACACAUUAAUUUCUAUGACAAGAAAACAUAGUAUCACCUUAAUAGCUAUUGGCAAUGGCACUGCAUGCCGAGAAAUAGAAAAUGUUAUAUCUGAUAUGAUAAAAGAUGGCUGUUUUACUCCAUUGAAUGUAUCUUAUAGUAUUGUUGAUGAAUCUGGUGCCUCAAUAUAUAGUGUCACAAAAGAAGCCAAAAUUGAGUUUCCUGAAUUAGAUCCAAACUUAAUAAGUGCAGUUUCAAUUGGUAGAAGGUUACAAGAUCCCUUGUUAGAGAUUGUGAAAAUAGAACCAAGACAUAUCGGCGUUGGUAUGUAUCAGCAUGAUGUUGACCAAUCAAUGUUAAAAGCGUCAGUGGAAGAUGUAAUAGAGGAUUGUGUCAGUUUUGUUGGAGUUGAUUUAAAUGCUUGUUCAGUUGAUAUGCUAAGAAGAGUGAGUGGAAUUAACAAGAAACAAGCAGAGGCUAUUGUAAAUCAUCGUAACAAGACUGGAUAUUUCAUCAAUCGUAAAGAAUUGUUGUCGAUAAAAGGAAUAGGGAAGUUGACAUAUCGAAAUUGCGCUGGGUUUGUUCGGAUUGUAAAAGCGAUAAAUUCUGACCAAUCACAUUCUGAGGUUAAGCUUGAGGAGAUAGAGAAGUCGAAGAAACGCAAAUUAAAAGCGUCAUCAAAAUUAGAACCUCCAAGAAAAAUGCACAAAGCUGAAAAAUCACAAAAUAUUUUUCCAGAUCCUUUGGAUCAAACUUGGAUUCACCCCGAAUCCUACGAUGUUGCGAAAAGAGUUCUUCAAUAUUUCGAUGUCACUGACGAUAUGAUUGGUACAAAUGAAAUUAAGGAGAAAAUCCAAAACAAAAUGGAAGGAAAGGUCGAUAUGCAAUUUGAAUCGCUAGCCGAAAAACUGGAAACAGAUGUUGAAACUUUGAAGCUGAUAGUUGACGGCAUUCAGCAACCGAUUAAUUACGAUCUAAGAACAGAGUUGGAGAAACCAGUCUUCAGAAAAGGACAGACCUCAAUACAUCAACUACAACAAGAACAAACACUUACUGGGGUUGUUCGUAAUAACGUCGCAUUUGGUGCUUUUGUUGACAUUGGACUCGAUAAAGACGGGCUGAUUCACAAAAGUAAAAUAUUGAAUGGUGUUACACUUGGUCCAGGUGAUCGAGUCGAAUGCGUCGUGACUAGUAUAGACAUCAACAGACAAAGAGUGGGUCUGCGUUUAGUUAAAAAAGUAUCGAAAAACAUUAUAUUGAAGUAAUAUACAUGUGUAACAAGCGAGGAUAAACAAAGGUUGUUAUUUAUUUGCUGGUAACAUUUUGUUGUGGUUGGCAAAUUUUUUUAAAUGAAUUUUUUUGUACUCUCAACGAAAAUGAAAUCUGCUGAAUAAUUGGGGAAUUUUUGUUUUGUUUAAUUACUAACUUGGCAAAAUAGUUUUUUGCUUCAUUAAUUUUACAAAUAAAAAACACCAACAUAUCCUUUCCAUUUAUUUCAGACGCUAUAGUUACUACUAAAAAAGAUAUUUUUUAUCAUUUAUAUUUUAUAUUUAUCUAUAAAUAUUUUGAUAAUCAUAAUAAUAUUUUGUUGAGUUUUUUUAUUUUGUGGUCAAGUCAAGACAAAAUGUUAUAUACUGUUAGUAGUUUCAAUAUUUUGAUGUUUUGAUAUUUUGUAAUUGAACAAUUUGGUAUUUAAGUCAGUUAAAUGUUGGUGGGUGUUUUUUAGUUAUAAAAAAGAUGCAAAAAGUGAACACCAA